AGGAAGUAAUUUUUUCUUUUCGGGUUUUUACAUUUCACACUUAAGUCGAAGCUAAAAACUGCGAAAUUCGUUAGUUUUUAAUCUGGGUUUCUUUUUGGUAGAGUUCAGCUUUCUGGGUUUUGCUUUUUUAUUUUUUUUGCUGCUCAGUUUUCUGUUUUACUCAGCAAAAUCUUUGUUGCUCUUGCCCCAAUUCCAACUACAGUUUUGACAUAGUUACUGUAAUUCUCUUCUUCGUAUCUAUCAUUUUCCUGUUUCCUGCAUUGGGUCCCUAAUUUCAUACUUUAUUGCUUAAUUGCAAGUUAUUCCAGCCCUUUUAAUCUGAUUUAAAAGCUGUAUUAGGGCUUUUUAUGGUGAUCUUUUUCCGACUUCAACUCUAAACUGUUGUGGGUUUGCCAGUUUUCGUGGGGUUUUGAUUGACAACUUUUUUGGGGGUGAACGUGAACUUCUUCAUUCGGGCAAUUUUGAAUUCAUAUAAGUUGUGUUGGGAAGCUUAAGAUUGUCACUCAUUUUUUGAGGUAUUCUCUUAAAGGAGUUGGUGAUUAUGGUGGGUUAUGAGGUGGCCAAAGAUUAAGGAUUGGAGUGGAAGAUGAACAGGAAGCUGCAAAUGGGAUCCCAAGUUUUAGUUCUCCAAUACCAAUCUCUAAUGCAAUGCAUCAGGUAUACAAAAUAUAAAUCCAUCUGCUACGCCUUUACUUAACAGUGUACAAAAGAAUUUGGUUUCGUUUCUAGCGGUAGUUUGGAAAGCUGGGGAGAGUCCAUUAUGGCAGAUGCCAGUCCAAGAACUGAUAUUUCUACGGAUGCAGACACAGAUGAAAGAAACAAGAGGCUUAAGCCAUUCGAUGCAACUCAUGCGGCUUCUGAUUCAAGUGACAGAUCAAAAGACACUAAGGAUCAGAAGACUCUUCGAAGGCUUGCUCAGAACCGUGAGGCAGCGAGGAAAAGCCGUCUAAGGAAAAAAGCUUAUGUUCAGCAAUUGGAAAGCAGCAGAUUGAAGCUGACUCAACUCGAGCAGGAGCUCCAGCGAGCAAGGCAACAGGGAAUUUUCAUUUCGAGCUCCGGGGAUCAAGCCCAUUCAACCAGUGGAAAUGGGGCAAUGGCCUUUGAUGUGGAAUAUGCACGCUGGCUAGAAGAACAAAACCGUCAAGUCAACGAAUUAAGAGCAGCAAUAAAUGCUCGUGCUGGUGAUGCUGAACUUCGUGUCAUUGUUGAUAGUGUUGUGGCACAUCAUGAUGAUAUUUUCAGACUCAAGACCAAUGCUGCCAAGAAUGAUGUUUUUCAUCUUUUGUCGGGUAUGUGGAAAACACCUGCUGAAAGGUGCUUUCUAUGGCUAGGUGGCUUUCGUUCUUCUGAGCUUCUCAAGCUGCUUGUUAAUCAGCUGGAGCCUUUGACUGAACAACAAGUAACUGCCAUUCAGAACUUGCAACAGUCUUCACAAGAGGCUGAAGAUGCAUUGUCUCAGGGAAUGGAUGCACUGCAGCAAUCACUGGCAGAAACCUUGUCUAGUGGCUCUCUUGGUUCAUCAGGUUCAUCGGGAGAUGUUGCAAAUUAUAUGGGCCAAAUGGCCAUGGCUAUGGGAAAACUUGGUACUCUUGAAGGGUUUAUACGCCAGGCUGAUAAUCUGCGGCAACAAACAAUGCAGCAAAUGCAUCGGAUUUUGACGACACGGCAAUCAGCUCGUGCAAUUUUAACAAUUCAUGAUUAUUUCUCGAGAUUGCGUGCUUUGAGUUCGCUUUGGCUUGCCCGUCCAAGAGAAUGACAGCGUUUGACUUGUUAAGUAUUAACCAGAAGUAGCUUAGUAAAAUGGCUGGGUCAGGGUGCAUGUUUGUUUGAGAGAACAACAUGCAAAUCGGCAACCUCACUUGUUGAUAGAUGUGCAAAUCAGUGCCUUGUGUAUUAUCAAUAUCUUGUGGCAUAUUUAUUGAGUAGAGACUAGAGAGUUCCUAGUUGCUACCAUUGUUUUUCUCUUCAUUGGAUCAAUCAUGAAAUAAAUAAGUUGGCGUGUAGUUCUGUUA